UGCACCUCAGGACACCCCAUGCCAGGCAUGGGAGAAGAUGAGGAGGGUCAGGACUCAGCUUUGCUCCUUCCCAUGUGCAAAGGGCUGGGUUCCUCUGUCCCCCAGUCCCUGCCCUCUGGCUGAGGGUGCCCCUGUCCUGACACCCAUUUGCCCCCUCCAGGUCUCUCCAGCCUACGAGGUGCUGCCAGGACUGGUAUCCAGUGCUGGGCUCUGCCCACCCUGCUGCCAGCAGCGGCUGCCUGUGGAGCCGGGGCGGGCAAAGGUGGCAGCAGCACGGGAGAGCACUGGGGCAUUGAAGGCCUGGCUGGCACGGCACCCCAGGAACCCCUACCCCAGCAAGGGGGAGAAGGUGAUGCUGGCCGUGGUCAGCAGGAUGAGCCUCACCCAGGUCUCCACGUGGUUCGCCAACGCCCGCCGGCGCCUCAAGAAGGAGAACAAAGCAGGAUGGGCACCGCGGGGUGCCUCAGAGAGCGAGGACAGCGAGGGAGAGGGCACCACGCCAGGUGCCAAGCCUGGCCCUGACCCCAACCCCGUGCAGGAUGGGUGCAGGGACGAUCCCGAGCAGGAGCCAGGUCCUGAGCAGGUCACGGAGCACCAGAAACCCAAGAUCUGGAGCGUGGCAGCAAUGCUGGCAUCUCCCGCCAGGGAGAGCAGGUCCCCCCCAGGGGUGCCAGCAAUGCCGAAGCAGGGGUAG